GUGGGGCUGUGCCGGCGCCGUAGCCGGUGCCGGUGCCGUAGCGCGGGGCGGGGCUGUGCCGGUGCCGUAGCCGGUGCGCGGGGCGGGGCCGGUGCCGCAGCCGGAGCCGGUGCCGGUGCCGCAGCCGGUGCGCGGGGCGGCGCGGCCCCAUGCGGCGGUGAGGCGGCGGUGCGGGAUGGCGGCGGGCGGCGGCGGGCGGCCGCCGGGCUCCGACUCGUCGCUGGAGCCCUACGUGCAGACCCGCAUCUUUAAGAUCAUCGUGAUCGGAGACUCCAACGUGGGCAAGACGUGCCUGACCUUCCGCUUCUGCGGGGGCGCCUUCCCCGACAAGACCGAGGCCACCAUCGGCGUGGACUUCCGCGAGAAGACGGUGGAGAUCGAGGGCGAGCGCAUCAAGGUGCAGGUGUGGGACACGGCCGGCCAGGAGAGGUUUCGCAAGAGCAUGGUGGAGCACUACUACCGCAACGUGCACGCCGUCGUCUUCGUCUACGAUGUCACCAAGAUGACCUCCUUCACCAACCUCAAGAUGUGGAUCGAGGAGUGCAACGGGCACGCCGUGCCCGCCCUGGUCCCCAGGGUGCUGGUUGGGAACAAGUGUGACUUGAAAGACCUGAUCCAGGUGCCAUCCAGCAUGGCGCUGAAGUUCGCAGACGCUCACAACAUGCUUUUGUUUGAGACCUCGGCCAAGGACCCUAAGGAGAGCCAGAACGUGGACGCCAUUUUCAUGUGCCUGGCGUGCCGGCUGAAGGCGCAGCGCUCGCUGCUCUGCCGGGACCUGGAGGGGCGGCCGGGCCAGGCCCGCAGGCUGGAGCCAGCGCCGGACGCCAGCGGUAAAGCCUCCUGCCCGUGCUGAGCCCCGCGGCUCCGCCGCCCCUGUCACGGUCACCCCAAUAAAGUCUCUGCAGCUCCCA